ACAUCGUACUCGUCAAACCACCACCACUCAAAUACUGUAUCAUAACUAUCUCUGGUUUGCCAUUGCCAAUAAACAUGUCGUACGUUAAACUUGCGUACACAACACAACGAAGCAUUACAAUACUUUCCCCCUUUCCCAUCUCUCUGAUUUUUCUUCCAAAACCCUCUCUCUCUCUCUCUGCUCAAUCGCCAUGACUGUUCGAUCCUCAGAAACUCAAGAUGAGCAAUACAACAAGCCAAAGAGCUCUUAUUUCAACUUACCGGCAUUGGAUGUUUCUCUUGCAUUCCCCCAAGCAACUCCGGCUUCUCUCUUUCCUCCUUGCACUUCGGACUAUUAUCAGUUUGAUGACUUAUUGACUCCUGAGGAACAGUCCAUCAGGAUGAAAGUAAGAGAGUACAUGGAAAAAGAAAUAGCACCAAUAAUGGCAAAGUACUGGGAAAAGGCAGAGUUUCCAUUUCAUGUUGUUCCAAAGCUUGGUGCCCUAGGCAUUGCAGGUGGCACAAUUAAGGGCUAUGGGUGUCCAGGUCUCUCCAUUACUGCAAGUGCAAUCACCGUGGCAGAACUUGCCAGAGUUGAUGCAAGCUGCUCUACUUUUGUCUUGGUGCAUUCUGCUUUGGCAAUGCUCACCAUCGCAAUAGCCGGAACUGAAACACAGAAGCAGAAAUAUUUACCUUCAAUGGCACAAUUUAAAACUAUAGCUUGUUGGGGUUUGACUGAACCUGACUAUGGAAGCGAUGCAAGUUCUCUGAAAACAACAGCAACAAAGGUUUCAGGAGGUUGGAGGAUCCUUGAAGGUCAAAAGCGCUGGAUAGGAAACAGCACUUUUGCAGAUGUGUUGGUUAUUUUUGCUAGGAACACAACCACAAAUCAGAUAAAUGCAUUUCUGGUAAAGAAAGACGCCCCUGGACUACAAGCUACUAAAAUAGAAAAUAAGAUUGGCCUGCGGAUUGUCCAAAAUGGAGAUAUUCUCUUUAAGAAAGUUUUUGUUCCUGACGAGGACAAAUUACCCGGUAUGACUUCUUUUUGGGACACAAAAAAGGUCUUUGCUGCUUCACGUCUCAUGGUUGCUUGGCAACCUAUUGGCAUUUCAAUGGGUGUCUACGAUGUGUCACACAGAUACUUAAAAGAGAGGAAACAGUUUGGAGCACCAUUGGCAGAUUUCCAACUAACCCAACAGAAACUAGUUCAAAUGUUGGGUAAUAUUCAAGCAAUGAUUCUAAUUGGUUGGCGGCUUUGUAAGAUGUAUGAGAAGGGAACAAUGACUAUGGGUCAUGUUAGCUUGGGGAAGGCUUGGAUUACCUCAAAAGGAAGGGAGACUGUAUCUCUUGGGCGCGAGUUACUUGGUGGCAAUGGAAUCUUGACUGACUUUCUCGUUGCAAAGGCAUUCUGUGACUUGGAGCCCAUUUACACAUUUGAAGGCACUUACGACAUCAACACCUUGGUUACAGGCAGAGAAAUCACUGGGAUUGCCAGUUUCAAGCCAUCUGCAUCAACCCAACAGAGCCGCCUGUAAUGUUGUAAAACUCUAUUCUUAUAGGCUGUAACAGGUUCCAGAAAGAGAAAAAAUGAUAUUAAAAUAAAAAUAUGUAAUUUCACUUUACCUUGGAUGUAAGUCUUGCUUCCUUCCAGGGGUGGAGCCAGAAACCAAAUAAAGAAAACAGUUGUUUGAUUACGCAAUAAGAUUUAUGAGAAGUGGGUCCUAUCAAUAAAGUUUAUAAAAUUCUGUGUUCUGGAAUUUAUAAUAUUGGUUGAAAAA